CUCACUCGCCAUUGCUUCACUCUCUACCCUUUAUAUAAACACACUCAUACUUCACUAUAAGCCCAGCCCUCGAUCAAGAAAAAAAAAACACAUGAAAACCAUGAGAAGAACCCAUUUACUCUUGCUCAUAAUCCCUCUCUUAAUCUCCACAUCUCGAACCCUAAAUUGCCAUGACGACGAUUAUGAGCACCAAUCCCAUUCCUCUAACCUAAAGAUCUUCCACGUUUUCAGCCCAUGUUCACCGUAUCGGCCCUCGAGGCCGCCACUGUCUUGGGAGAACGCUCUCCUCCGAAUCCAGGACGAGGACAAGGCGCGUCUCCUGUACCUGUCCAGCCUGGCCGUGGCCGGAAAAUCCGUCGUCCCCAUAGCCUCCGGCCGGCAGAUCAUCCAGACCCCGACCUACAUUGUCCGGGCGAACGUCGGUCCCCCGCCCCAGCCGAUGCUCGUGGCUUUGGACAUCGGCAACGACGUCUCCUGGCUGCCUUGCGCCGGCUGCGUCGGAUGUUCUUCCUCCGUGACGUUCGACUCUUCCAUGUCCACUUCGUUCCGGUCGGUCGACUGCCAAGCUCCCCAGUGUAGACAGGCCCCGAACCCAUCAUGCAACGGCGGCGGCGCGUGCGAAUUCAACAUGACGUACGGCGGUUCCGCCAUUAACGCGAACCUCUCACAAGACACGGUAACAUUGUCAAAGGACCCGAUCCCAAACUACACAUUCGGGUGCAUCGGAAAAGCCCCCGGAACCUCUCUGCCGCCGCAAGGGCUCCUCGGCUUCGGCCGUGGCCCGUUGUCUCUAAUGUCGCAGACCCAAGACCUGUACAAAGCCACGUUUUCGUAUUGUCUGCCUAAUUUUAGGUCGGAAAACUUCUCCGGGUCGUUGAGAUUGGGGCCGGUGGGUCAGCCGGUGAGGAUAAAGACCACUCCCUUGCUGAAGAACCCUAAAAGGUCGUCGCUUUAUUAUGUGAAUCUGGUCGGGAUUCGUGUCGGGAGUAAGGUUCUUGAUAUUCCUGCCAGUGCUUUUGCUUUCGAUCCGGUCACCGGCGCCGGCACCGUCUUUGAUUCAGGGACCGUGUUCACCCGGCUGGUCGAACCAGCGUACGUAGCGGUGCGGAACGAGUUCAGGCGCCGAAACAAGAACUCGAACGUCACGUCGCUAGGCGGGUUCGACACAUGUUACUCCGGCCCUAUCGUCGCACCCACGAUCACGUUCAUGUUCGCGGGGAUGAACGUGACGCUGCCUCAGGACAACUUCCUGAUCCGCAGCACGGCCGGCUCCACCACCUGUCUGGCCAUGGCGGCGGCCCCUAACAACGUUAACUCCGUCCUCAACGUCAUCGCCAGUAUGCAGCAGCAGAACCACCGCGUUCUCGUCGAUGGCUCCAACAACAGGCUCGGCGUCGCUCGUGAACUCUGCACCUGAAAAAUCAAAAGUUUGAUGAAAUAUCUUUAAAUAAAUCGAGCUUUCAAGAUUAGACGAAUGUAUUCUUGUAUUUGUCUGUGUUAUCGUACAGUAUAUGAAGAGGGUUAAAUAUCUCUCUUAACUUUGUUAAAAUGCAUCCUCUUCAUGUUAUAGACCGUCAUCGAAUUUUCUUGUGACGAAUUUUAUAAAAUAAUAUUAAAAUAA